UCGAUAAUCUCGUGAGCUCGGGAUCUCUCGAGCAAGAUGGCGGCUCGCGAAGUAGAUUAAAAUGUUAUUAGUCAUCAGUCGGUGUUUACGAAGUUGAAGUAUCUGUCGGAACUGCGGCGAAUGCCGAGCCACGGAAGCCUGGAACGUUUUCUCCUGUUCGUCGUCUCGUCUCCUGCGUCUCGGUCCGGCUCGCUCCGAUAAAGCAAUGGGGCUCUUCUCCAACAGCUCGCCUUUCGACGGUGACGUCGAAAAGGCAACGGACGAGAAGAACACAUCGGAAGAAUGGGGCAAAAUUAUGGACAUCUGCGACAAAGUUGGGAAUUCCAGUCAAAAUGCCAAGGAUUGUCUACGCUCCAUUGUCAAGAGACUGAAUGCUCAGGAUCCUUAUAUUGUGAUGCAAGCUAUAACAUUACUGGAUGCCUGCUCGAGCAACUGUGGCAAGACUUUUCACCUGGAGAUAGCUUCCCGUGACUUUGAAGGAGAACUCCGCAAGCUGAUCAAUCGAUCCCAGCCAAAGAUAUCCGAGAAGUUGAAAGCGCUGUUGAAAAAGUGGGCUGAGGGUGACUUUAAGACAGAUCCUCAGCUGAAUCUCAUUCCGAGCCUGUAUACGAAGCUGAAGAGCGAAGGUGUUGACUUCUCUUCAGUUUCCGAAACGCCGAAGCAUUCCGCAGUCCUAAGCAGGGAUCCAAAUGUCGUGUCGAAUUCCCAAGAAGAAGAGGACAUUGCAAAAGCCAUCGAAUUGUCCUUGAAGGAGAACAAGCAGUACUCGCACACCUCUCCAUCAUCGAAGAAGAGUACCAGUCUUUAUCCCAGCGUACCAUCAAGUAUGGGUACAUCGAGCAAUUCUUCCGAAGGCAGAAAGGUGAGAGCGCUGUAUGAUUUUGAGGCUGCCGAGGACAAUGAACUUACCUUCCUGGCUGGUGAAAUAAUUCACAUUUUGGAUGACAGCGAUCCUAAUUGGUGGAAAGGAAGCAAUCACAGAGGCGAAGGUCUCUUUCCAUCAAACUUUGUCACCGCUGAUUUGUCAGUUGAGCCAGAGCAAUUUACGAAAUUGGAGCACGGUAGUAAAAAAUCAGUGCAAUUCUCAGAGGAGGUUGAAGUAAAGACUGUGAAGAGGGAACCGGAGGUAGUUGAGGUUGAAAUCGAUGAACAUAAAAUGGACCGGCUUUUGCAUUUGUUACACGAGGCUGAUCCCCAGAGUGAUGCGCAAGAUCCUCAAGAAAUGUUGGAUCUUGAAGAACAAGUCACAGCGAUGGGGCCACUAAUAGAUACAGCAUUGGAGAAGGUUGACCGGAGGCACGCACAACUCACGCAGCUGAGUUCAGACCUGGUGGACGCGCUCAAUCUGUACCACACAUUAAUGCGUGAACCACCACCUCCAACACCACCCAACUAUACCUUGCCGAAGAUGCCACCACCGCCACAUAUCGGUCCCUAUCCGUUCCCCACUCAAGGACCACCACCACCUCACAUGUUCAAUGGGAUGCCUCCACCUCCGCAGACCUCGUUUGGCGGUGGCGGUGCACCUCCGGGGCCUUACAAUUCCAAUCUUCCGGGCAAUGAGUAUAUAGGACCCGGAAGCAUGACCUUACCCCCACAUUUUCAUAUGCCACAAGGACCUCGCCAGGUCCACCCAGGACAUCCACCGGGAGCACCUGGACCCGAACAAACCAGUCUACCUUACCAACCACAAGGAAGAUUCCCACCACAAGGAGGUCCUGCGCCAGGACCUUUUGGUCUCUCUGGCCCAUCGGGUCCUCCAGUUGGGCAACAGCCACAGUUCGCUCCACCGAAUGGACAGCACAUGAUGUGAAGGAGGGAGCCUCAGCCACAGGCAAUUCUCUCUCCCCUGUACUCUAAACUCAAAUUGUACAAUAUUACUAUAUUACUAUUAAUAUUAUUUAAAUGAAUAUAUCCAAAGUAGCCAAAGAUCCUGGGUCUUUAAUGGAGGUUCUGCACGCACUGCUGUGGGACACGCAAAGCCACCAAAGCGAUUUCGGUUACCAUCGUAAACUCUCUGAUGCCAGCGCUCUGAAAUCUUGUCCCAUUGACUAUACCGAGGAAAAUGUAGUUGGGAAUUAGGAGCAAGUCCUUACGAGAGAUAUGAUGUACAAAUGCGGAAAAACAGAAUCCAACCGUGGGAUUAAAGGAUAGAGAUUUGUAAAGGGGUUCUUUCUUUCUGUAGAUGGAUGUCGUACCACUCGUAGGGACUGGCAUCUAUUUUGCAACUAUAGUGGUAAUGUAUACCACUAUUUUUUCUUAGGUUAAGACACCGCUUCGGGGUCCUCGAGGAUAUACAGAAUUUACAUCACGGGGUUAUCUCCAGCUUGGAAGCUUUCUUGGGCUCGUAGGUUUACUCCGGCAUUCCAGGUUUUCUUUUUUAUCCGUGGUGGUAAUGAAUCGACGUUCUGUUUGUUACCACUGCCCUCUGGACUCUUGCCUUGUAACUACGAGUUAAAGCUCGUACGAAGUUACUUGAGAAGUACCUUCAUCCGUUGGAAGGCAAGGGCUGGAAACAAUAUGGAUAUUAAUAAAAUAGACUAAUCCGUA